GAACAGCUGAUUGAUUGUUUCUAAAUCCGCCGCAGAAAAAUGGAUGACGUAGAGAAUGCGAGAAGCGAAAAUGAGAAUUUGCGGAAGAUUCGCAACCGCCUCAUGCAAUGGGAGUCCAAGACGGACCCACUGGCGGCGCUCAGCAUCCAGCAGGAGGAGCAUCUGGACGUUCUAACCAAUCUGUGGCGCGACACCGGACCAUUGGCACCGGCACCAAACACGUCCAUCAAGUCAGGUCCUGCCGAGCCUCUGAACGAAACCAUCCCGCAGAGCGGCGAUGACAUUGAACUGCCCGUCGAGGGACUGCAGAACACAAACGAUUUCCUGCUCUGGUUUGCGGACGUCAGUGCCGAGAUCGAGCAACGUGGCGAUGCCGACUACCACAAAUACCUGCAGCAACUGGUGCAGCGGAAGGCGGAGUGCUCCCACAUGCUUGAUCAGAUCGCGGGAGCCAUGGAGCGCUUGGGUGCCCUUUGCGACGAGUACGACUUUGUGUCCCAGAAGACCAGCGCUCUUAACACUGCCAGCGAGCAGUUGAUCGAGGAGCAGGAGAAGCUUCAGGACCUAAGCCACGAGAUCCAACGACGUCUGCACUACUUCAGUCAGGUUGAGUUGCUCAACCAACGACUUCAGAGCCCAACGCUUUCUGUGGCUAGCGAAGCGUUCCGGGAGUGCCUCAACAAAAUCGAUGAAUGCCUUAAUUACAUUGAGGAAAACCCGAAAUUCAAAGACGCAGCUGCUUACAAUGUGAAGUACAGGCAGUGCCUUGCUAAAGCGUCUGGUCUAGUGCGCAACUAUGUGACCAGCGUAAUCAACCAGGCUACCGAGGCCACAUUGCAUCCCAAGAACAAUGUGCCGGAUGCCUCCACGGCGCUCAAGGCGCCAGAUGCUGCCUUUGCCUUGUACUACGGGAAAUAUCAAACUGCCGCAGCGAAGGUGAAGCGCGUGGCUCAGUUAAUUGAGGCUCGUUCGGAACACAGCCAUGACUACGCACAGCUUAUGGCGGACCUGCAGCAGCACUACUUAGCCCAGCGGGCCAGCGUUAUGUCGCCGGCUGUUAAUCUGUCCAUACAAAACGUAAAAAUCGCCCACAAGGGCGAUCACUGCUCACUUACACGGAGUGCCUGCGCUUUUCUGGUGCAUAUAUGCCAGGACGAACAGCGGUUGUUCUACCAGUUCUUCAGCACAGGAGCUCCACACCUGACAGUUUACCUAGAGGGUUUGUGCACCAUUCUCUACGACACCAUGCGGCCCUUUAUCAUACACAUCAAUCACUUGGAAACACUGGCGGAGAUUUGUUCAAUUUUACGUAUUGAAAUGCUCGAAGAGCAUGUCCAGCAGAACCCUGCUGCCCUGGAGGCUUUUGCUACCAUUGCUCAUCAGCUUCUCCAGGAUGUGCAGGAGCGUUUGGUCUUUCGAGCGCAUUUAUACCUCCAGUCGGACAUUCAGAACUUUAAUCCCUCGUCUGGAGAUUUGGCAUACCCAGAAAAAUUGGAAAUGAUGGAAAGCAUUGCCUUGUCGCUCCAAGAACCUCCCCCCUUGCGUCGAUCUGAUUCUCGCGCAUCCAUGAUAUCAAGUGUAUCGAGUGCUGUGGAGACGGAAAGUGUGGACACUGCCUACAGGGUCAAGCAAAUGAAUUCUCCUGCUGAUCUGCAUGGAAUGUGGUAUCCCACAGUUCGUCGGACAUUGGUGUGCCUUUCCAGACUUUACCGUUGCGUUGAUCGACCUAUUUUCCAGGGCCUGUCUCAGGAGGCGCUGAAGCUGUGCAUUCAAAGUGUCUCCCAUGCUGCUGGAAAAAUUUCAGCUAGCAAAACGCCAAUAGAUGGCGAGCUGUUUGAAAUUAAGCACUUGCUUAUUUUGCGGGAACAGAUUGCUCCAUUCCGCGUUGACUUUACAGUAAAGGAAACCUCCUUGGACUUUAGCAAAGUGAAGACAGCAGCGUUCGGUCUUCUGCAGAAACGGAAACAGCUGUUUUCCAUGGGCAGCAACAAUGCUCUGCUAGAAUUCCUGCUUGAAGGCACGCCGCAGAUCAAGGAGCAUUUGCUGGACUCCCGAAAAGAGGUGGAUCGCCAGCUAAAGUCAGUAUGUGAGAAAUACAUCAAGGAUGCAGUCCACAUGCUGGUGGGACCCCUCGUUACAUUCCUGGAAAAGGCUCAAAGUCUGUUGGCGCAAACCAUCCCAGGAACGCCCCAGUCACCAGAGACUUCGAAGGUCAGCUAUGUCUUAAGGCAAAGCCCGUGGGCCAGUCCACAGCAGAUAAGCAGUAUCAUACAGGAGACCCAGCGCCUGAUUAAAGCUAAGCUAGCGGUGCUUCAGCGUGCUAUGCAGCUUUAUUUGAGCAAUCGAGAUACAGAAUUCAUUAUAUUUCGGCCGAUCCGCAACAACAUCAUUCAAUCCUUUGUGAAGCUGGAGCAACUGCUGACCACUAAUGGAUACUCUACCGAUGAUAUGAUCAUCACGAGUUGCCCUUCGGCAGAGCAAGUGUCCAUACUUUUGUCCAGCGCCAGUAUUCUGGCCGCCGAGGGAGUGGCCAGUUUUGCAGCAGCAGCUCGGAAAAUCAGCACAUCAUCCUCUGUGGAAGGUCCCACACUUGGCAGGAAGUUAAGCACGCUGUCCAAUAAAUCCGAACUGGUGGAGGAACCGAAAGCAGAAGAAGCCGCUGCCCAGAAGGAAGUGGUUCCCUCGGAAGGCCCGUCACAGGAAAAAAUCGUGGAGGAACACAUUGUGGAAACACAAAUGCAGGCCAAUUCCGAAUAAUUUGCAAUCUUGUAUAACUAUUUACGUGUAUCUAUUUAUGUAGCUAAGUCUUGUAUCAUAUUUAUCUUUUUAGAGUUGAGUAAGACCGAUUUGCAAUAGGAUCGUUUUCCUCGUUUCCCUUUCAAAGAUCCGUGUUAAACAACUCCAUUUAAGCUUUCCAAAAAUGUAGAAUUAACAUUGAUUUAUUUUUGCUAAACCACGUAGAAUGUGACGAAGUCGAAGUAAAUUACCAACAAAAUAUUA